UAUGAGCAGGUCGGUCUCAAGGGAUCAUUCGAGCAGAGGAGCUAAGAAAAUAUUUAAGGCAACCUUAAGAAGUCAUCGUAGUAUCUUUGAAUAUCCAACAUGGCCACAACUAUGAAACGAACUGCUGUAAUAUGCCUGGUUGUGUUAUCUUACAUCGCGAUAUCUGAAGCAUUCCCUCAUCAUGGAAAUGGUCAACAAAGUAUCUACGAACAUCUUAUCAAGUCUUGCCCCGGAUACGAGGAGAAGAAGCGAGGCGAGGGUGGCUGUAACUCUGAGGUCCUCGAUCACGUGCACGACUACGCCGAGGGGGUGAGAGAAACUCCGGGUUACAAUGGCGACAGAGUCGAGAGCUACCUCGAUCAGGCGAACAAUAAACAACUCUGCUACCUCGAUGAACGUUCCGUUGUCCAGACGGUCUUCGAUGGUUGUGCCGCUAUGGAGAUCGUGUGUGCAACACCUUCAACAGUCGUCGAUCGUUGUACCACCCUUAAAGCAAGGAGAGCUUUCCAUCCUCCCACCAUGCCAACCCGACGGGGAAAUACGAACCCGCCACCUACCCCUGGGCCAACGACCGCCGUACCGGCUACGACUGUCUGAACUAAACGCCUUAAGAAACUAACACAUUCUGCAGGUCACUAUCACCAAGGUAGCCGGUUAUAAGAACACACACAAUUCAACAAGUCCGACAGGUUCCAACGACACUUUCAACCAGUCAACUGGAACAACAAUUGCUUACUUUAGAUCCUAUGUCAUCUCCUCCAGGACGACAAUUGGGACCUUUCGCAAUCCUCACGGACGCUAAUAUUAGGGUCCCCUAACACAAAAGUUAACGCUUAAUCAUACACUUGAUUUUUAAGAUUGAAUGUGCAUUAUAGUCAAUAGAAUCAAACGUAGAAAACUGCUCUACAAUCAAUGCUAAACUUUGUGUUACAGGGGGGUUACAGGCCCUACAGAUCUGCUUUUCGUGUGCAAAAUCCUUUUCUGCGACACUCGCACCAUACAUAGCAUGUAUAUUACGACUGAUGGCUUGAGAUAUUCGAAAUGCAGACCUAAAAUAGAUUAUGACAUGGAUAAGAAAGUGGUUUUUCAAACAAAUCGAGUACAUAUUGAGUGAGGAAAAACUUACUGAAUGAAGGCUUAGAUAUAGAUCAUUACAGUCCAUCGAAUCGAUAUUACAUUUAUUGUGGAUUAUUGGUGUAUUACUGGCAAUUGAUUUCAUGGGUCAGAUCAACCUCUCCAGCCGAACAUUUCGCGUGAGUUGAUAAGUGCACACCAUUAUGUAAUACGUUUGAACUCGUUUCUUUUUGUUUCUUUUGUUUAUUUUGUUUAUUCAUUCUACACAAACGAUAUGCCUCUCGCACACGAUGUAAUGGGCAUUAUGUUUUACUUCCCCCAGAAAUGGGGGAUUAGAUUCAAAUUCCGGGGGGACCACUUCCAUUAAUGAGUGGAUACCAGGCACGACCAUGGGGUUUCGAAAAGUACCCUAAACAAGCUGGGAAUUAAUUCUUUUCCAGAUUAUGAAAAUGCAUCUCUUAACAAGAAUUUAGCUUGUGAAACCCUACAAGUAAUGGAUAUCCCUUUUUUGUCAGCAUUUUAAACAUCGUUUUGACACCCUUAUAACGUUACAUAGGCCUAUACGUAACGUACCUGCCCACUCUGUCCCCUUUUACGCGUGGUCGCUCCUGGUAUCCACUAAUCAAUGGAAGUGGGCCCCCCGGGCGGCCUCUCGAGCUCUAGGAGGAGUCAAAUGUGGCUUUGGAACGUCGUCCUCAAUGAGAUAUAUCGCUGUUACCAUAGUAGCAACCAAAAUUUUGCACACGAAACGCAUAUUGAAUGUUUCCGUCGCAGAUGCGAAACGAAAAAAAAAUCUCAUGUCACACAAUUUGCAUUGCAGGACGACCAUGAUGACGGGCCCAAAAAGUCUCUUCCAAAAUCAACUAACGUCGUAAAUAAGCGUGCGCGUCCUCAAACGAAAGGUCCGGAAUAAGAUUCUGAGCCUCAUCACUUAAUCAAAGACUACAAUACAAUAUACAGCUUUAAUCCCUUCGUCAUAGUACGAGCUGAUGACUUAAUUACCUUGUGCAGGAUCCGUAUAUCUGAAGAAUGAGAUACCAGAUUGAAAUUUGUUUGUAUAUUUUGUUUUCAUACUAAAUCGAAGUUUGAAUACUAAUAAAUUAUUGAUAUAUUA